AACUUAAAUUAUUUCCUCAGGUAAAGAAUGAAGAAAAACAGGAAAAUGAGGUGUUUUCCUGAACCUAGAAGUGCCUGCAGUGUCCUAAACAUCUUUAUGUUCAUAGGUCAUCAUGUUUAUACAUUGCAAUUAUUUUUAAUUUAAUAGGUGAUGUAUUGUAAGCUGCUCAUAGAUUCAUACCUCAUAACAUUAAUGCUAGGAAAGAGUUAACAAAACAGAGUGAGUUUUUACUUCCUUUCUGUUAUUGUCUCCACCCACCUCUUCAGGAGCUUUGAAAGGUAAGCACAGAGGUGGUGUUGUGUUUGUUUUCAGUCUGUUGUAAUGUAAUUGGGACCGCUGCAAUGUUUUUCGACCUGAACUCCGUAAGCCUGGCUUUGGUUCUGGGUUUGAUCUUUCUGGUUCUGUUUGAGGGGAUGAGGAUUCAUUUCAGCAGAGCCCGAACUCCACCUGGACCCACACCUUUCCCUUUUGUGGGAACUGUGCCACAUUUUAUAAAAAACCCAAUGGGAUCUGUCAGAUCAAACAAUCAAUUUGGAGAAAUGUCAAGUGUGUACCUGGGACGAAAACCAUCAAUAGUCUUAAAUACACUCCAGAUCACAAAGGAAGCCCUGAUGCAAGAAGGUUCAUCUUUUUUGGGAAGACCACCUUUACCCCUUGUAGAAUGGAUAACUAAUGGACUCGGUAUAAUAAUGACGAAUGGUCACUCGUGGAGACAGCAGAGAAGGUUUGCUCUCCAUACGCUCAGAAACUUUGGCCUGGGAAAGAAAUCUGUAGAAGAGCGUGUGUUAGAUGAAGGGCAUUACCUGGUUACUGAGAUGCUCAAAGAUGAAGGAACGGCAUUUGACCCGCAGCACGCCUUACAGAAUGCAGUUUCAAAUAUAAUCUGUUCCAUCGUGUUUGGAGAUCGCUUUGAAUAUGAUAACAAACGCUUCGCAUACCUUCUGAAAAUCCUCAAUGAGAUCUUUAUUCUGUCAGGGUCACCAGUAGGACAGAUAUUCAGCUUGGUUCCUUUCAUCAAACACUUCCCUGGACCUCACCAGAAGAUCCUUCAAAAUGCCACUGAGUUACUGGAUUUCAUUCGCAAGGAAGUUAAAGAACACAGACAAACUUUGGAUCCAGAAAACCCACGAGACUUCAUUGAUGCCUACAUGCUAGAGAUAGAAAAACAAAAGUCACACGAGGACUCAACGUUUCAUGAGGAGAACAUGGUGAUGUCAGCAGCCGAUCUCUUCUUGGCUGGAACCGACACGCUAGCGACCACCAUGAGAUGGGGACUUAUCUUCUUGAUGGAAAACCCAAAUGUACAAGAGCGAUGUCAUAAGGAGAUUGUUCAGGUGUUGGGUUAUGAUCGUCUGCCCAGCAUGGAUGACCGUAUCAAACUUCCAUACACAUACGCCACUGUUCAUGAGAUUCAGCGCUGUGCCAACAUUGUUCCUCUUGGUGUAGUUCAUGCAACCACACAGCCAACCAAACUAAGAGGAUAUGACAUUCCCAAGGGAACUAUGAUCAUGACAAACUUAACAGCAAUCUUCAGUGAUAAGGAGCACUGGAAAUAUCCGGACACUUUCAAUCCAGAGAAUUUUUUAGAUGAGAAGGGACAUUUCUUCAAACCUGAAGCAUUCAUCCCUUUCUUAAUCGGUCCGAGGGUUUGUCUCGGUGAGACCCUUGCAAGGACGGAGCUUUUCCUUUACUUUGUGUCUCUACUACAGCGGAUUCAUUUCUCCUGGCCACCGAACUCACAGCAUCCAGACAUGGAUGGUAUCAUGGGUGUGGUGAGACACCCUCACCCCUUCAAAACCAUCUGCCGUAGCCGAGAUGCCAAAGACUGACCGUCAGUGACCCGACCCAACACGCCAACAGACCGCUGAAGAACACUGAAGUCUAUCUCCAUCCACAUUCAGCAUUUCAGAUGGUGCUACAGAUACAUCUUGUCAAAGAUCCUCAGGGUUGUUGAAGGCUACAACAAAGAUAAAGUUUUUUCAGUGCAGUCAUAUUUAUAAAGUCUAAAAUUAUUAUUUUUUUCUUUCUCUUAUUUUAUUCCUUUCAUCUUUACCUUAAUAGCAAUUAAGAGUAAAAACAUUGCACUGGUGCACUGCUGUACUGCGCUGAGUAGAUUGAGGGGUGGAGCCAAAACUCGUAUUACACAGCUGUGUGUUAAACGGCUGUAGGACUGGUUAUGUUACUAGAUCAUGUGACUCAUAUUUUACAUAAGCACAUGUUCAUGAAUGCACUGAAAGGCCUGACACUGUAGCCUUUAGUUAUGAUGAAUCUUCCCUAAGUUGCCAGAGUUUUGUUAACCAUGCAGGUGUUAUUUUCACCUGGCCACUUUUAGAGAGUUUGUUCAGGAAGAGAUGGGAUUUAAUUGCUUAGUGGAACAGUGCCAUGAUCAAAAUUAUAAAAUAAUAUAAGGACUGCAGGUACAAAAUAGGGUAACACUUUAUAUUAUGACCCACAAUGUACUGCGUAAUAAAACCGAAUUUACAGCGUACCUAUUUGUAACAAAAAAAGUACCACUAC